AAAGAAGAAAAGACUAAGCUUUUUGUAGAACAACAAAUACCAGAUGUUCCAACAUUGGAAGAAUUUGAAUGUCUCUUUGAGGAGUCUCCUACAUAUUAUCCCAAAGGAGAGGGUAUCGAAAAUAUGGAGAGUGAAUUACAUUCUGCUGCAAUUGAUACUGAGCUUUAUGAACAACAAUCUAUUGAGACAAAGUCAGAAGUAGCAGAAGGAUUACAAACUGUAAAUGUCAAAGAUGAAAUUGAUGGUGAAAGUAGAAACAAUUUGACAUUAUUGUGGAAUAAUGAAGAAGAAAAGACAGAAGAAGUUACAGCAUUGGUUUCUACAAUAGAAUUAGUAGAUAACACAUCUGAAACUCUUAAUGAUGGAAGUGGAGUUUCAAAGUUAUCUGAAAUUACUUCAAAUAUACCACCAAAUUCAAAAAGUUUGACACAUGAUAGACAAACAGAAAAUGAGUCUGAUUCUACCAUAAAUCAAGUAGAUAACAAACAUACCUGUUUUAAAGAAAUUGUACCAUUUACAGAGAGUCAAUUAGCAUCAUUAUAUAUUAAUCAGGAAUUAGCAUUGAUUGACAUGUUUAUUUCGGAAUUUACAGAAGUACAACUUAGGAGUAUUACAAUUAGGCAGCAACACAAAUUGCAUGAACUUUUAAUGAAUUAUCUUCGUGUAAGAAAUCAUUUAAUUAUAAAUUCUCAUGAAUUGGAAAUUUUAAAAAAAUCCUGUAGAGAAAUGCAGAAAAAAUUAUGGUGUUUAGACAAAGCAUGCAUUAGAGAAACAGGAGAGUGUCAAGAUGGAAAUCCUGUUGUUGCUACACAUGAAUACUGUACUGCACGUUUCAAUCAACAAGCUCUAGGUGCAUUGGCUCGACAUUUAUCAACAAUAAAAGAUCUUUUACAUAAUACUCAAGCAUUAUAUUGUUAUGAAGCAGAAAUGUUAAAAUUACAAAUUGAGUAUUAUAUUCAAAGAGUAUGCAUAUCUUGCAAAGAAUUUACAAAUCUUCCUCAUAAUGCACCUGUAAAUUUAUUACCAACACAUGUCUCUUCACAAUCGCUUCUACAAUUAGUGGAACUUAGGAUGUGCAUAACUAUAUUGUUUAAUUUUCAAAGAAAAUUAUUGAAAGAUGGAAAGUUUAUAACAGAUACUAGAGAAUGGCUUACAAGAUUAAUAGCAAUUCUAUUAAAAGUAGCAACUUGGCAAGAUCAUUUAUUUUUAUUGAAUCAUAUCUUAAGAUGUCCUGGUGGAGUAAUGAAUUGGGCACGCAGUUAUGUUCAAACUCCAAUACCACAACAGCAAGGUGAACUAGGUAUAUCUCCAUUGGAUGAUAUAUAUUUAAAUCACAUAAUAGCUACAUUGGCUGUUAUUCUGUCACCCAUUAAAGAUAGAGAUAAAUUUCUUGAACAGGUACAAAAAUCAUUACAAGAUACAGCAUGUAGUCCAGGUGAUACUGUUUGGGUAAUGUUGGAUGAAGAAGGAGAGGAAGAUGAAGAUAUAGCUAAUGUUGGUGCAAACCUAUUUGAAAGUGACCUUAUUUCUCUACUAACACAAAUUCCGUUUAGUAAAGUAUUUGAACAGGUGUUGUGUAUCCAGUACCAAAAUGAUGGUUAUUACCAAAACAAAACUUAUAUUACACAUCACUACUUAUUUCGGAUGUUUGCGUUUUUUACAAGUAUCAUUAAACUUUUAAAAGAAGGUUUGAAAACAUAUGAUUCUCCAAGAUAUAGACAAUUAACUAAACGACUAAGUGCAUUAAUUAGGGAUAUUGUACAAUAUGCUAAUGACCAGUGGGAGGAAUUUGAUAAAAACAAAAUUACUGAUGAAUCAGUGUUGAUGAAACUUCAACUUGAAUUUGAUUGCUUUUUACUAAGAGCAGUUUUGUACAUAUUUUCAUCACGCCGUUUAGGUGCAUGGCAAUAUUUAGCUUCUAUUCCAUAUCAUUUAAUAUCAUCCAAUACUUUGUGGCAAAUAUUUUACAUUUUGCACACUGAUUAUACACAAAUAAAUACACAUGUUUCUAAUAGAUGUGUUCAUGAUUGGAUAAAUGAAUUAAAUUCUUCACAACUUCGUGCAAAAUUUGAAGAAAAAUUAAGUAAUAUGCCAGGAGAUGAGUCAUAUUUUCUUCUAACAACUUUUGCUAAUAUGGCUUUGUCAAGAACUGACAAAGAUUAUGAUUUUGUAAAAACAACCACAAUAGACUUAUUUCAGUUAGGAUUUCUUAGUGAAAAAACACAAGAUUUAUGCUCAAAAGAUGCUCGAUCUCUUUUAUCAAGUUUAACGAAUAAAUAUCCUUCACUGCUGUCAGAUAUCCUACAAAAGUUACGAGAUAAUUUUGUAUCAGUAGGAAAGCUAAGUUUAUAUUUGUUUACUGACUUAAAAUUACAUAAAUGGAUACCUGAUGAAAAAGACAUUGUUAUUCUUUCUACAUGGUUGCAUCAAUAUCCACUAACAUCAACUGAGAACCAUUUGGCCCGCUUAAUCCUGACUCACUUAAAUUGGGGGUUUGAUGAAAAUGGCAGUUUAUAUCUUCCUAUUGAUUUACAUAGACGUAUAGCAGUACUAACUGUUGAACUCACUAUGAAAUAUGUACCUGAUAUUUCUGUCCAAAAUACCUCUUUAUUAGCAGAAGGUAUUAAACAGGUUUCAACAAUAAUAAGGCCUCAAAAUGCUGAACAUAUUUUUUCAUUAUGGGCAUGGAAUAUGAUUUCUAAACUGAGGUUACAUCAACUCGAUCAAACUGAAAAACUUUGUCGUUUUGCACUUUUGAACCCCACUGUAGCAUUUGCUCAUGUACCAGAUAUGGAGGUUGAUACAAGUUUAGAAAUUUUGGUUAUUGGUACAUUACAAAAGCAACCUAUUGCAUGCUAUGUGGCAACAAUUAUGACAUUAUGGGGUCAUUCUGUGCCCUUGAUAUAUUCUAAAGGUUUCAGCCAAUUAGAAAUAUUACAGUACCAUUGUAAAUAUGAACAAGUGCUUAUAUGUUUACAUCAUAUAAUACCAUUAUUUUUGGAAUGUGUUGAUUCAUUACUUAAAAGUGAUAAAUUUAUUAGUCUUGUUAUUUCUCUAAUUUCGGCUGAUAAAUCCUAUAUGAAAAUGGCUAAAAGUCUUAUAGCCACUCAAUUUCCAGGAUCAAUACUAAAGCAAUUUUCAAAUAUGAUACAUUCACAUUUAUAUAAUUACAAAAGAUAUGGAUUGGAAACGCCAAAAGCAUUUGUAUAUCUAUGGUUAAGUACACUUGUACUUGUACCCGAUUGGAAUAAAGACCAAAGUGUUUUAUUUUUAAUGAAUGUAGUUAUUAGUGCAGCAUUUUUUUAUCCAGAUGCAAAAGUAACAGUGGAGCACAUGUUUCAAAAUCUUUUCUCUCUUGCCAUAGAGGAAAGUAAUGAGAAUACAUCUAAUCACAAUGCAAUAACAUCCUUUGGUUCAUUUCUAAAUUGGGCAACUGGUUCUUCAAAUUCAAUUAGUCUUUUAGGAAAAUCUACUCAGUCAGUUUGGGUUGCUUAUCAAGUGUUGUUAACUGAACAAUAUAAUAGAGAAAUUAAAACUGGGUUAUGGCAUGAAAUUUUAAAGGAGUUGUCAGCACAGCCUAAAAUAUCAUUAGAUACUGCUAUUAAGCGAGCUUGUAUGACUGUUAAAAUACAACCAUUUGGAGCAAAUGGAUUAUCUAUAUAUCGUUGGUCACAACAAGCAUUAGAUACACCUAUAGAGCAUCCUAUUCUGUCUUUAUUAUGGCAAAAUUUUUUUGCUUUAUUUCUUGCAAGAGUUCCGACAACAUCAGGAGUUGUUGAUCAUGGUGGAAUUGGUGAAAAAUUUUUUGAAGGCAUGAUUAAUUUAAGUUAUUUAAAAAAAUUAAAAAAACGAUUACACGAUACUACUACAUAUUUCCAAUUAAAAGGAGAAGGUGAUUUAGAUAAUGGAAAACCAAUCACUGAUGAUAAACGACUAUUUUAUUUUAAUGCAGCAAAAUUUUAUAAAACUUUAAGUUUGUGGCUUGAGGAACCAAGAUUGCAUGAACCAGGUCUUUAUUUACCAGCAUUACCUCCACAAUACAUGUCACAAAAAUUAGUCCUACUUGUUCAAGAUGAUUGGACACCAUGGUUAGAAUAUAUUGAUUAUUGGGCAAUUCAACAAGAUCAAAUAAUGGCAGUUCAAGAAUGGGAGAAUGUAUGUUGUAGAAAUCAAGGAAAUUAUUCCCAAACAGAAAAAAAUGUAUCAAUCUUACCCUCUGAAAUGGCUGCUCCAUUGCAAAGAAUAUUUAAAAGAUUGACUACAUAUGAGUAUCCUGCUCCACCUCCAGUUUUAAAUAGAAAUCAAACAAUUUUUAAUUGCAUACCUAAAGAGAAUAUAUAUAACUCUAAUUUAGUAAUUGAUCACGUUAAACCAUAUCUUAAAAUAAUACUAGAUUAUGCACAAACAUACAAUUUAAUGGUUUCUGAGCAUAUUGCCACAGAUUCUAGUUUUUUGGAACUAGUACCUACUCUCUAUAGAGAAAGUGAGAUUCAUGUAGUAUUACAUGCACUAUGCGAUCUAGCACCUCCAAAUCAGAAAAACUCUAGAUCAGGAACUCCACCUACUGUGCACUGUGCUGGUCCAGCAGUAAUUACAGUUAAGGUACAUGAAGCUCAUAUCAAUGAUGGUAUUGACCACAUGAUAACUCAAAAUAGAGCUGAAUAUGAAAAUUUAUUGAUAAGGGCCAGUCAAUCACCACCCAGCAAAGUUACUCAAGGAUGUGUUUUUAUAGAUCAUUUAAUUGCAAUGUUGGAACAUGAAAUAACUAUAAAUCAAACUAAUGAAAACACAGUUGUAUUAUACAAAAUUCAAGAAAGUGGAGUUAAAUUAUUUUACUAUCUUAUAGACUGUUAUACAGAAGAAGCAGCAUUGUGUCCACCAACAAAACAACUUAUCACCACUUGUUUACAAAAAUUAGGACAGUUAUUUAUCAAUGGUGAAGAAAGUCAAGGUUUGCAAUUAUUAAGCACUAUUAUGCAAAAACCAAAUCUUGGUGGUUUACUUGGACCUUACUUUACACCUGUUGCUGGUAGUGCUUCUACAUUUUUACAAAUGUAUCAAACGGUUGUGGAAUUUUCUAUGAGUCCAAACGUCGAUCUUUGUUUCGUAUUAUUGUCAAAAUUUGAUGUAGGAAUCUGGUUGAAUUAUAAACGUCCAAGAUUAAGUGAACGGUCAACGUUCAUAGAUUUAGUAUCUAGAGCUCUUUGUAAUAUGGGCCUUAAUCCAGAAGAAACGAAAUUGAUAUUGCAUGAGUUAUUUAGAAAUCACCUACGACUUGUAUUAUUACAUGAAUUUCCUGAACAUUAUGGUGAAGUUCUGAGUGCUGUAUUGAAAGGCAGCGAAUGUCAAAAUUUAUCACUGGAUAUUUGGCAGGAUUUACUAAACACUCUCAGUGGCAAAUCAAGAAAUACAUUUCUGGCUCAGCCUUCUAAAAUUAGAGAUGAUAUUCGUCGUUAUGCUACUGAGCAGAAACUUCUUUCUCAACAAGAGAUAUAUGAUACAGCUGUAUUAUUAAGUAGACAUUUCAUACAAGAACGUUUACAAUAUGGUCUUUAUGGACUGUAUCCAAAAUAUAGGAUCUAUCAUGAACCUAUAAGUACAUUCCUUGGUAUGGUUGGUCAUGCUCUUGUUGCACUUACACUUCAAUCUGAUAGAGGCUCGUUAGGAGAUCAAUUGUGUGAGAAAAUAUGGCCUAUCUUAAGUGAAAUGUAUUCACCUUGGAUUGCACCAUAUUUAACACGAAAUUUGAAAGAUCCAACUGCUGCAUGGAUUCAACAGCUUACAGAUGAUCGAUCUGUUUUACUGCCUUGGAUUCUUGCAGAUGGUCCAUAUGCUAACAAACUUGUAGCAAUGUUUGUUGAAUGUAUUCGUUUUAUUAUUGAUGCAUUGCCAACAUCUAGCAAAAUUCUCAGUUUCGUCUGGCAGUUUUAUAUUACCAAUUUUGCACAUGCUUCAGUCAAAGAUAAUAUUUUAAAUGUUAUUCAUGGCAAUUUUUUAUCAUUGCCAUGGGAUCGUUUCAAUCCACAGGCAUAUGAUGUGGAAUUGAUGGUAAAAGUGAUUGAUCAAUAUUUGCCAGAUAGUCACUUAUUUCUUGGAAGUAUAUUUACAUGUGUACAUUGGUCAUCAUGGAUAAAUGAUUUAUCAUCAACACACUCAUGGAGUACUAUAGUAAGGACACAUGUCUGCUUAUUGAAUUUAUUGGUAAAAUUAUCCAAUGAACCAAAUGUUAGACAGACUGAUAAAAUGAUACAAUUAAUUGUGGAAGCUGAAAAAUUUUCUUGGCAUUAUUUAGAUGCUAUUGAAUAUGAUCACAUAAUUAAUUGGCAUCUAAUGAGUUGUGAUUCAAGAAUUGUUCUCUAUGUUCAUAAUAAGCUGUGCCAUCCUAUAGAUACUGCUAUACAUAAUUUGUUAAAGAUAGCAGCAGGCUAUGAUCCUGUGAUAAGUUAUUUUCAUCCAACUACAUUGAAAAAGAGACAACUGUAUAUACGUUAUUCAAUAAAAUUAUUAAUCACUUGUACAGCUAAAUAUAAAUCUUUAUUAUCCACACAUCCAAAAGCAUUUAACGAUACAUUAUCAAAAAUAUUAGAUGAUAUGGAAGCAGUUAUUAUAAAUACCGUUGCAGAACCACAACAAAUUGCAGAAGCAAGUUUAUUAAUUACUGAAUUAUUUUCUAUUAUAAAUCAAAAUAAAAUCCUUAUGGAACAUCUUCUUACUAGUUGGACAGCAUGGCUUUCAAAAAGAACAGGUAACAACCCAAUUCUCCUGAGUAUACUUAAAGUUAUUGGAACAAGAGUUACUUCACCAUCUAUACUUGGAGAAUUAAUGGAAUCUGCAUUGGAAGCAUAUUUUGCAUUUAAUGACCUAUCACCAACUUGGGCUUCAGUCUUAACAAUUUUACAAUCAGAAAUACCUGGACAGCCAUUAUUGGAAUUAUCUUUAGUUUUUGAAGGGAAACUUCUUACUUUGUACUUCAUUUUACUUAAGCGACUUCCCACGUGUCAAGAUAUUAGAGAAGAAGGAAUCCAUCUUAGAAAUUUAAUUGAUUGGAUUUCUGCUAUUAGACCAAUAAAUGUAAAUGAAGAAAAAUUACCCCUUUUUUGGGCAAAAGCUUGUGAAUUAGCAUAUAGACAAUGUCAGUAUAAUGAAAAUACUAAAACAGCUGCUAAAGCACUUAAAAGAUUAGCACAUUCACUCUUAGUAUUUGCUGAUGAUGGAGGACAAGGAUGGGGGAUAUUAGAAGCUAUUGGCCUUAAGAAAAAUUCCAAUUUUUCAAUGAGGUGCAAAUUUUUGUGUCGUGCAAUAGGGGUGUAUUGUUUAGCUCAAUUGCCAGAAUCAAAGUCAGAUGAACAGUUAGUAAGAUUUACACCUGAUUCACCUGGAGUAGCAUUAUCAAUAACAACUGAACCAGAUGUAAUGGAAGUUCGACCUAGUAGAGAAGCUGUUGAAGCUAUGAAGACUUUAGAAGGACUUAUAUUAAACAAACAAUACGUGACACUUAAAGGAAAUAUAGAACGAUCUAUUAAAUUAAUUAGGGAUCCUGCUAAUUCCUUGCAUAAUGCAGUAGAGAUUAUAGGUGUAUUGACAACAGAGCUUUACAAUCAAAGAUAUUUGCAUGUUUUGAUAGAUUAA